ACGAUGUCUGAGUUUUUCAAGUGAUUACCUUCCUCGUUUAUUUGACUUAUUGAAAACCAACUCACGUCCGCCACUUUUAAGCCUUGCGCUUGCGCGUAACUCAACCGGGAGCUGUCCAAGUGCUGAAAAGAGAAAAAGGCGUUCCUCUCUCAUUCCUUGACGUUCCCCCCACCUGAGAAAGAUCUCACUUCAUGAGUAACAACGCAAGCCAACGGGCUGUUCUUCUCAAAGCCCGCUCUUACAUCUCAGCCAGCGCCACCGAAGCAGAGCUUCCAGCUGAUGCGUCUUGGAGUUUCACCUUCUCUACGUCUGGCCACUGGACUGAUGUCUCUUCACACCUACGUUUCGACAAAUCUGUUUUCGGGAGUUUCAUGAAACCGCGUUGAGGAAUGUCUCCUGUAUAUUCCUGUGACAAAAGAAGACCCAAACGCCCACGACUUAGUCCGGAAAAAAGCGGGGUCCCUAUCUGGAUUAUGUGUUUGACUAAUGUAAACAUAUGGAAGAAAUAGAAAAGUGAGCACAUGGGGAAACCACCAGGAAUGAAUCGCUCCCUUAUUAAGGUUUUAGCAGCUUUAUUCAUAUAUCUGAUGGAGACAAACAACUUCAGAGUUGUGGACGCCAAGGAGCACGAUUCCAGAUCAUCCUCCAACCUGUCUCCAUCAGACUUUCUGGACUCACUCAUGGGUCGCACGUCUGGGUAUGAUGCGCGAAUAAGACCGAAUUUUAAAGGUCCACCAGUUAAUGUUACCUGCAACAUAUUUAUCAACAGCUUUGGUUCUAUAGCAGAAACUACAAUGGAUUACAGAGUGAACAUCUUCCUGCGGCAGAAGUGGAAUGACCCUCGGCUGGCGUACAGUAAAUACCCAGAUUCCUCCCUUGACCUGGACCCAUCUAUGCUGGACUCCAUAUGGAAGCCUGACCUCUUCUUCGCCAACGAGAAAGGAGCCAACUUCCAUGACGUCACCACAGACAACAAGCUGCUGAGGAUCUUCAAGGAUGGGACUGUCCUCUACAGCAUCAGGUUGACUCUCAUUCUAUCGUGCCCGAUGGAUCUGAAGAACUUUCCAAUGGACGUCCAAACUUGUACGAUGCAACUGGAAAGUUUUGGAUACACUAUGAAUGACUUGGUGUUUGAGUGGCUGGAGAACGGUGCGGUACAGGUGUCGGACGGACUCACCCUGCCUCAGUUUAUCAUGAGGGAUGAGAAGGAGUUGGGCUACUGUACCAAACAUUACAACACCGGGAAGUUUACCUGUAUUGAAGUUAAAUUCCACCUGGAGCGCCAAAUGGGCUACUACCUGAUCCAGAUGUACAUUCCUUCUCUCCUCAUUGUCAUCCUCUCAUGGGUGUCUUUUUGGAUUAAUAUGGAUGCUGCUCCAGCCAGAGUGGCGCUGGGAAUCACCACUGUGCUUACCAUGACCACCCAAAGCUCUGGGUCCAGGGCUUCUCUUCCAAAGGUCUCCUAUGUGAAAGCCAUUGAUAUCUGGAUGGCUGUGUGUCUGCUCUUUGUAUUUGCUGCAUUGCUCGAAUAUGCUGGGGUUAAUUUUGUCUCCAGGCAACAGAAAGAGUUCCUUCGCCUGAGGCGAAGACAAAGAAGGAAUCACAAGGAUGAUGAUUUGCGUGAAGGCCGCUUUAAUUUUGCGGGCUACAACAUGAGCCAAUGUCUGCCAACAAAGGAUGGCUCAGCUGUUAAAAAUGCUGUUCCAGCUCCCAACCCUCAACAAUCAGCCUCAAAGGACAUAGACACCAUGAGGAAAAAGUUUGUGGACAGAGCCAAGAGGAUCGACACAAUCUCACGGGCCGCUUUUCCUCUGGCUUUCCUCAUCUUCAAUGUCUUCUACUGGGUUACCUACAAGAUCAUCCGGCAUGAGGACAUCCAUAAAAAGUAAAGACUUUGCCGUCGGCUGAGAACAUAUUUUACAUUUCUCAGAUUGAGAAAUGCUUAGAAAGCACAGGGAGAUGAGAGGGUAAACUGUGCAUUGAGAGGCACCAUUGUGGUAAUGGUGGUGUUCUUUCAGGGAUAACGUACAAUAUUUAUGAAUCGUACAGUAAUGUUCAUGAUUUGAUAAUGUGAACAGUUGUUCAGACACAGAUGCUUUACUUGUUCUUGUACUGCUGCAAAAUAUUUUCUGAAGAUUAUAGAGAAAAGGUCUUAGCUCAAGACUCACUAACAUGCUGGAGAAGGUGGACCAAAAUGAUUUUGAAUUGAUUCAGCCUUGAGGUCUACAACCAAGAAACACAGGAACAUUCCAUGAAUCCGUAACUCUAAGAUAGCUCUGUCAAGCCCUCAAGACGUUUUGCAAAUUUUCUUACCGAGGUAGCAUAGGACUGUUUUAUAAUGGACUUCUGUCAUAGAACUUCCACCCUAUUUAUACAAAACAUAACUCUCACAUAGCAUUACAUAACUUUUGGGGCCAGGGACCUCUAAAAAAUAUGUUUCAAGAAGCCCUUAACAAUCGUAACACGCUGAUGUGGUAGAAUCGCUGGAUGAUGUUGAAUAACUCAGUUUCUUAAUGCUUGUCUGCUACUUAGAUGGCUAACAAGCCAAGCUAAACAGCACCCCGUCUUUUUUUUUACACAGUUGUCACACUUACAUGUUUCAGAUCAAUUUUAUUAUUAGACAAAGACAAUAUGAAUAAAUACACAAUAUAUUUUUCAAAUGCUGAUUUCAUCUAUUAAGGAAAAAUAGUUACUCAAAACUUUGCGAUUAUAGCCAAAACUCGAUGACUGGUUGUUCCAGGCUUGGCAGUAAGAACUACAGUCAAGAGUUUGAGAUAAUUAUUUGAGCCAUUCAGAUUUUAGACAUGGUGGUGUGUUUCAAAUCAUUGUUCUGCUGCAUAACCUGCUGGAAAUGAUGGCUGGGCAUUCUCCUUUAGGAUAUUCUGGUACAGAAUUCAUGGUUCUAUUAAUUACAAUGAGUCAUCCAGAUCCUAAAACAGCAAAGGAGCCUCAGACCAUGACACUACCACCACCAUGCUUGACCGUUGGGAUAAUGUUCUUUUUAUGAAAUGCUGUGUUAGUUUUAUGUCAAUAUGUAACACAACAAAAAAAAACCCUUCAAUGAGUCAAUAACUUGGUUUCUCAUCCGUUUCUUUAUAUUGUGGCAUGAGUGUCAACUAGUCAACUUCACCUGGUCAGGCAAAGUUGACUAGUUAAUGGGAUUUAUUGAUUUUGCAGGUCUCACAGUAAUCAGGCCUGAGUGUAGCCAACUAUACUGAACUUCAGUCAUUACAUCUCUUAUAUUAGUCCAUGUUUUUAAUCCCCUCUUGGAUUUGCCAUUAAAUUGGGAAGAGAGACACAACAGUGUCAGAAUGAGGCUCUCUGUGUUGUUUUCCAAAAAUAUGUGGUUAAUCACAGUUAAUUCAUGAUUUAACAAGGGGGACAAUUACUUUUUCACACAGGGAUAAGUACGUUUGGUGAGCUUUUUUCCCUUAACAAAUGAAAUAAUCAUUUAAAAAUAAAAUUUUGUGUUUUCUCAGGUUAUUUUUUUCUAACACUAACAUUUAUUUGAUGAUUUGAAAUAUUCAAGUGUGACAAAUAUGCAAAUAAAGAAAUAAAUAAGGAGUAAGAAAUCAGAAAGGGGACUUUCUCACAGCACUGUAAGUGGUUUCACAUAAGAUUGGUAUCAUCUGUCAUAAUCAUUCCAGAGUUUCUAUUGGCCCAAAUAUAACAUGGGGUGCACCCAAUUUAGUGCUGCAAAUGAUUCCAAUCCCUUUUAAAUGAUAGAAAACAAUCUAUCGGUCUUUAGCUCAUAAUUUCGCCCCUGUGGAUCCCCUGGCUUUACUUUGAGAACCACUGUUUCGAACUAUACGAGCAGAGCACUAAACUAAGCAGCAGUAAAUGUCUCAGGCAUGGGUAUGAAUAAGUCAGAUGAAAAUCUGGAAUCAGGAAUUGGGUUCUGCAUUUUUACUAAAUCUCGAGGCCUUAGAUGUCAACAAUUUGGUCGGAUAAAGUGCUACGCUUCUCUGUUUUUCCCUUUUGGGCGGUCUAUCACAGCUGAACGCAGCCUUUGAGCUUUUCUACCAGUGGCCAGACAUCCAAAGGUACUUAACAAUGUUUCCUUUUUCUCCAAGUGAAUUAUAAAUAUUCGGAAAUGAUGUCACCCUUUUGUUGAUGUCUUUAACUUUGCUUUUCAUUCUUGUGCAGUUUAUUUAGCAAAAUAUCAUAUAUCUCACAUGAAAAAGGUAUAAUGGCUUAUUUUGAGCAAGUGUAUAGGUAAGCCCACAAACUGUGAACAUGCACUAUGUUGCUUAAUGUUAUCACACGCCCGUAUUCACGUGAAUUAUUUUAAAUUCCAGGGUUAAUACCCCCAGGUAUGUAAGGUAUAGUUUUAGAAUUUGAGCUAUGUUUUUGUAGAUUUAGACAAAUAAAAUAUUUAUUGUAAUGGGAAAAGGUUAUGUUUGUUAUAAAAUAAUAUCUUUCUGUAUACUUCCGCUGUGGACUGUUUCCCUUCACUUGUUUGUUGCUGGCUGAUGAUAUUUGUUUGUAGAUGGACUGAAAAGUGAAGGACAGAUCUGCAUAACAGUAAUGGUACAAAGCAGCUAAUGACCCUUGCACUCCUUAUAUACUGUGGUGACAAACUCUUUUCUUGAAUGCUAUUCAUGAAAAACGGUUAUUUAUUGGUCUGUACAUCAAUAAAAUUGACUGUGCACCAUAUUUACUUUA